AUGCCAGGACCUUCUCAGCACGAAGGCCCUGGGGAUUGGGUUGGCUAGAACCGAGUCCACGUUGAGCGUGCGAGUCCACUUUGAGAAUGCCCGAGUCACGCGCGUAGUGCGUAGGACGAAGACCGUGGCGAGGGUACUAAUUCGGCUCGGCUAUUUACACACAGAGAAAAGAAAGCAUUAGCGAAGUCUAAAGUUCAUCAGUAAUCGCGGCCGCAUAGCUCUGCAUGGGUGGUCAUCUCACCGAUCUCAAAAAUAUAGCUGUUCUCCAGGAGUAAAGCAAGCGAAGACUUAAAAAUAAUGACAGAAAGCUUGGAAAUCGUUUCACACAAUAUGUUGUAAAUCACCUUUUUCAAAUUUUAAAGAAACGAUAAGUAUGGAAAAUCCUGAAGUUUGUUUUUGCUGUUCAUGUAUGAAUUUGCUGUUCAUUUUUCUAAAAGGGUUUUUUCUAAAGCUCAAAAAAAGAUAGCAAAUUAUUUUCAUUUGAAAGUACGAGUAAUUAAAGAGUUCAUCGGCAAAGAGCAGUUUAUUUCAGUCAACAUUUAAAAAGUUUUACCAAGCGUUUGGUGUUGAAUUUUACUUCAAAAACUCAUUAAUAAUUCAUGAGGAAAACACAAAGAAAAAUCAUAAGCGUGUCGUAUCUUGAUAUGUAUGUAAUAGAGUUUUCCCCUUGAUUUAAAUAAACUUUAACUUUGAUUGACUCGACUUACUAUAGAUCGAUCGUUUUUGAAGCAAUUUAAAACGCCUCGUACCUUUAUAUCUGAUAAAACACUACUGCUCAUGUUUUAAAUAGUACAUUAAUUAAAAUAAAGUCCAUAGAAUGCAAAACAACAUACCUACUUUAAUCGUUAUAUAUAUUAGAAAUCGGUAGUUCAAAAUAUACAUAGUUUAAUUUGUCAUAAUGUAUUAAUCAUUAUUUUGGAAUUGAUUUAGGGUACUCAUGGUGAUGACGGUGAUCCUGGUGAUGUUGGUCAAUCUGGAGAAGCUGUAAGUAUUAACAGUCGUUAAAUUUAUACGUUCAAGGUUUAUCUGGCAAUUCUUUUUUGGCUAUUGUUAUUUACUUGCGUAAUCGGCAAAUUACAAAAUUGAUGAUGUAAUAGACGUGUCAAGGAAAUAGGCGACUUCCACCAAGAGAUGAUGUAAAAUAGCACAUGGUGAUUUUUUAGUGACAUGUCGAACUUUUGGUACUACUUUUGGUGCAGCUUGCAAUGUCUACGAGGAAACGGCCACAUUGUAGCCGAUCUCAUGACUAGAGUAAUUUUUUUAAUACAUGUACAAAAUCGUUUUGAAAAUAAAUAUUUAUAUCUUAUCUUCAACAAACAAGUAAGAAGACGGUGUGAUAUACAGUAUGUCUCGUCUGCCAAGUUUUACUUUUUAGUUUUCACCAUAAUCAAAUGCAUUUUGUUUUUGCGGCCGUCUUGAAUGACUUGAAUUUAUUUAUUUAAAUUUUGUGGUUACAUAUCUGCACUUGCACGUCGGCGAGGAGAAUUCAGGCGGGCUCGGAAACGUGCCGAUUAACAUUAAUUGGCACAUCUAAAUAUCUUUUAUAUUAAGUGCAUAUGAUUAUGAAGAUCGACAAGUUUGCUCAUUUAUGUUUUUUUCCAGAACUGCGCUUGAAAUAUGCUAAUGAAUAUUUAUAGCACAAUUUCAAGUGGUUCAGGAACAUCGAUUUUACUUUUCCAGGGAGAUGCAGGUCUUAAAGGUCCUGUUGGUGCACAAGGCGAUAUGGGAGCUAAAGUAUGUGUUCCUUCAAUUAUAAUAACAACAAUAAUAUUAAUAAUAAUAAUACUAAUAAACCGACGAAGAGAUUAUCUCGAUCCCGGGCAUACUAUGUAGAGAAAGAGACGAAACGGUUGCUUGUCUUAUAUGUGAAUGUAGGACCCUCGCUCAGACAGAGUAUAAGGCGUGGCGGCAUGACUAAAUUGCGCAGGUUAUAUUAGCGACCUUAAGCAUGUGGAACGGGAACGCGACGGCGACGGUAAACAAACCAGUUGAACCAAAUGAUUACUGAAGAAAAACUUUAUCCAUGAAUCGUAUGAAAAUAAUACAGUUUAAGGAUCAAGGUUAACACAGGGUUUGUGUUUGAGAAUGGUUCUAGGAACCAAUUGAAAGUAUUACUUUCAGCAGUUUGAAAUGCACGCGUUGUAUAGAAGACGUGAUUAUCAACUGUAUUUUGCCGUUGUAAAAAGAGCAAUGCAUGGCGACGUCUAAAACUCACGUAGGAUUUUACCUGCUAAUUUCUGUUCGUUUUCUUGUAUUAGUAUUACAUUAAUAGGCGUUUUCAUUUCACUUUUGUCCUGCUUCUUGACGUUCUUAAUAACAGUAGUCCUAUAUAUAAUUAUAAAAGUGUAAAAUGUAAGGCUGUUUUUGUCACGUCCCCGCACUGGAUUAGUAAGCCUUGCUUCAGUUCACUAUUCAUUGGCAACUAUAUAUUUGAAAAGCUGACGACCUCUGGCACACUUCAGUAGAACUGAACCAGCUUUUUCGCAUCAACUAAGCUGAGAUAAAAAUAUAAUCAUUAUAAUUUUUAAGCCGUGAUUUUUAGUAAUAAUUUUAUUGGGACAGAAAGUUGAUACAUCUAGCGAACCCACCUAGCCGCUAGGACAAGGAGAGAUCUCACCUAGUCGGGCUGGCUUGUUCCUCAUAUGAACACAAGUUGAAUUUUAUAUGCGUUAACAAUUAAAGGGCAUGCAGAUCUCUUUCUGGGCUCAUAAUUAUGAACAGGCCCUUGAGGAAAAAAAGAAAAACAUGCAUGGUUAACUUAUGAACAUAAAUUGGUUCGACUUAGAUAUAUUACUCAAAUGUUACACUAUUUUAUCACUGUUGUGGAUUGCCUAAAAUGAUAUUUAUUUUUUAAAGGGUAAAAAAGGCGCGAGCGGAAGCAACGGUGCUGAUGGAGCUGCGGUAAGUUAUUUCUACAACUAUUAUGGGAAAGAAGAUUAAUUUGGAGAUGUGCUGGAAAGUUGUUUGUUUCAGGAUGUAUAAUAGUUUGAAAUCGUUAAUUGACUGGAAAUGAAAAGAUAAAACCAGCUAAUUCUAACAUCACUAACGAGGCAUACUUGAAACUGAAGCUGUGUUCACCGAGUAAUCUCAAAGGCUAAAUUCACUUCCAAGUGACCAUGCAAGUAUGUUAAUUUAACGCAUGUUGAUCUCUUGAUAAACUGCCUCUUCUCUAGGAUCAUUUCAAGUCAAGAUAAAUUACAGUUGGGGAUGGAAGAGCAAUAAUUAACAAUUAUUCACCUCAGUGCAUGUUGGUGAUAUAGUGCAAGUAAAUUAAUGCACCACACGCGAAGGGUUGAGGUGAAUAUCCUUGCACUACUCACCAACACUGAGGUGAAUUAUUGUUUUAGCGUAUUACUAUAACAGACCAAAUUCAAAAAUGACCAAAGAACAACGAAAAUACUUGUAUUUGUAAACAAUUUGUGUUUCAGCUCCCGUAAUAGUUGUGAACAAAACCGUACUUACACGCUCUAGCUUACUGGUAAUAUUAUUCAUUAGAAAUAGCUUUAAAGAAUGCCUCCAGACAUUGUUAAACAAGACGAAGUUAUAGUGGAAAGGAAUCUAUAAAGAAUAAUGAAAACUAGAAAAUGAAUGAACAAUUCAAAAAUACGACGAAUAAUGUAUAAUUUGGAAAUAUUUGACAUAAACGCUGAAAAAAGUUUCUGACUUAUUUAUCUCAAAAACUUGAGUGAAAUAAUGCAUCCACAGCGACACAAAAUUCUGUGUAAAAGUACUCAAAUAUUUUAGUAAAUUUGCUUAUAUAUAAAUUUGAAUCCCUGUGCAUAGGCACAUUAUUUGCAUGUAUGCAAUACAUACAGCAUCAAUGCAGUGUUGUACUACAGUAGACGUACGUAUACACAUGCAUGCAUCAUCCAAUUGGGCAAAGUAACCAGCAAUUGACGUAUUCGAAGGAUGUGUUCUAAAACUCCUGAAGCAAAACAGGAUUUUUUUUACACAGUAUUUUUAUUUAUAGGGAACUCCUGGUAGGACUGGUGACAAUGGUGCCGCCGGUGAUGCUGGACAGCCGGUGAGUUAAUGAUUUAUUAACCUCUUUCAAGGGAUUUGUUUGGUCUAUUUUCAAUUAAAAGAGGCAUUUUCAAUUUGGCAUACCAUCUAAUAUCGCUUCAUUAUACCAUAAAUCACCUUUGUAAGAUAAUUUUGGAAUUUAGAUAUCAAACUACUGCUCUAAAACCAAAAAAAACUUUGGUGUAAUACAUUAAAACCGGUAUUUAGUACCUGUAUUAAUACACCUUAAUUUGGUAAUUGUGUAAUGGAUUCUAUUAAAAGAGUGUCCCUUAAAGGAUGUUCCACUCACGUACCAGUCCCUAAAGGAUGUUCCACUCACCAAAACCCACCCUUGAACGUAUAGAGGGUACGCUGGGAAAGGCCACAUUUUAGCAAUGUCUUCUUGAUUUCCAAAUUUACUUUGCCUUAACCAGUAACCAGUAUUAUAUAAUAACUACAGUCAAACACGCAAUUUGAUUGGUCAACAGCCGUGCAGGAUCAGACAAUCCUGCACGGGAAAUUCUGAACCGAAAUUAUUGCAUAUAAUUUUACAAAUAUACUCGCAUUGUAAAGUUUCAUUGUACGAUACCUUUCGACUUUGAAGUAAGUUUCCAAUUAAUGAGACGUUGGUUUAGUUGUAUGAAUAAAUUUCUGAUUGUUACAUUGCUAUUCAGCAAGCAGCAACGCGUAAGCGUUGAAAUUCAUCAGACCAUGGCAUGCAAGUACAACAUCUCUCGCUUCAACUGAAGUUGAUCAAACGCUUCGCAAUCUUCACAUAUUCAGCUAGAGAAUCUUCACUACUACUUUGACUGUCUGUUUAGCGGGUUUUCCAUUUCAAAUUUCGUAUAUUUUAUCGAAAAACUCCCUGUAUUUUCGCUGUAUACUUUCGCUGUAUACUUUCGCGAAUUUGUGAUCAAAUUCUGUUCACAUAUGUUGUUGUUUUCAAUAGCGUGGAUUAGCGAUUCUCUGAUUGGUUAAUUCACGAAUGUUGUGAGAACUGCACAUUUCAUCAGUAAUUUUAAUCAAGUUAAACGUCGUUUCACUGUAGUAAUUUUAUAAAACAAUUACCAAAUGGUUUUCCCGUGCAGGAUAGCAUGAUCCAUGUACUUGGGAUGUUGCUCGACUUUCGGAAAGCGUAAAAAUACACUCGCCUACGGCUCGUGUAUUUUUAAGCUUUCCGAAAGUCUCGCAACAUCCCUCGUGCACGGAUCACGCAAUCCUGCACGGAAAACCAUUCGGUAUUCCUUUAAUGAUAUAUUUCAUAAGUAACUUAAAAAUGAUGCUGGUAUUCAUAUUUUUCUACAAAUGUAGUUUUCUCUCAUUUAGGGACCACCAGGUUUAACUGGAAGUUCUGGACCACGAGGAGAAUCAGUAUGUUUAUAGGCACUGUUUAUAUACUUGUCUUUAUGUAUACAUGUACAGCAAGUGUUAAAUCACUUUCGUUAAUCAUUUACUAAGAAUAUAGUCCUAUUAUGAGAGCUCUGAAAUUCAACAGUCUGUCCAGUUUGACCGUGGUCAUUCUAUACUAAGCUCGGUAUGUUUUCUUGCCCGGUUUCUCUCUCGUAGGUUCUCUCACGUAGUAACACUAAAAUAAUUAAUAAUAUGUAAAUUGAACCCAAGUGCACGACAACCUCUCUAAUAUGACCGCUAAUAUGUUCACCACCUUUCAUGCAUGAUGACGUCACGUAAUACUAACAACUGCCAGAAUUAACGCACUUGUUGGGAAUAACCAAUAUGGCUUUAUAAUCAAUAUGGCGUUUUCAGUAAAAAUAUGGAAAUUUUGAUUUUCAACAUCACAUUGGUUUGAAAUGGACAAUGAUCACGUGAUUGGUCAUCCAAACAUGUCCAAUACUGUCGCAUUCAACGACUCGUGAAAUUCGGAAGUCGUACAGUACAUGAUUCACGCGAGUCCUUGUUAAAUUCGUGAAAUUUCACGACUUGUAGCAUUCAACGACUCGUGAAAUUCGAAAGUCGUGAUACACGAGUCGUGGUUUAGCCAUGCAUGCAUUACUGCAUUAGUACCACCUUCACGAUAUUAGUACUAGUACGACUCCGUUAAAUUCGUGAAAUUUCACGAUUUGUCACAUUCAACAACUCGUGAAAUUCGAAAGUCGUGAUUGACGACUUGUACUUUAGUCAUUAGUAAGACCACGAAAUUCGUACGACUCGUAAUUAAGCAAGUGAAAUUUCACACCGCAAUUGAGAUUAUAAAUUACAAAUCUUCAUCUCAAAUAUAUAGCCUAUGUUCAUUCCUCCUCUUCAAGAAAGACCGGGCUGUGGUGGACUUUAGUACCACCUGAAACCGGAGAAAUCGGGAUGGGUAUUUUCAAGUAGGUACAGACCUGGGUGUUUCGAAACGCAAUGGUAAACGGGGGGGGUGCGUUUAGCCGCAGGAGGGGGGGGGUUAUAGUGAAGUGAUGUAAUUACCUUUCGCAUCAUUGUCUUCGAACUGUUUAGUAUUCGCAUUUGCUACUUUUCUUGUAAAUUCUCUGUAACAGAAGUCAUGAUACUUGAACUCUUUGCUAUUAAAUCGAUAUCUCUAAUUUCAUAAAAGAGGUUGGUGUCUUUCGCUUCUGCCGAUUCCUUGAUUUGCGCAGCAGCCAUAUUGGUUGCUAAUGUGAUAGGAAAAUAUAACUUUCCAUUCUUUUUUACCCGGUAUUUUUUGCAGAAAUUGCAUUCCUUUGGAUAAAGGUUACGAGAGCAAUCAGAGCUGGAUUCACCACGCUUUAAGCGCAUUACAUUUGGUUGUGAAUCGGGAGAGCUUUCUGAAUGCUUCCUUUUUUCUUGAGAAAGUAUCAGAACAAACUUUUUAUAGCACGGUUCUAGAUGAACGUCGUGUAACGACGGAUUGAACUGAUUUAGCUCAGGGACAGAAUCGCCCUGUUUUUUGUGAUGGUUAGAGCCACCUUUUGAUUCUCGUAGAGUUUUCGCUUGCUGAAUUCGUUCCAAGUUAACUUCUGACAACUGUUUUAUGUUACUGUAUUUUCCGUCAUCAAUAUCAUAAUGAACCACACACUUUAAGUCUGCCACAUCUGCAAAAAUUGAUUCAAAUUAUCUCACUAACAUUAAUAAUUUUUAGAAAAACUGACUUUACUUUUCAGCAAUAUUUAAUAUUAUUGUAUAUCUGCAAGUGAGUCACUUAUGAAUUCUUUCAAUUCCAAAUUAGCAUUGCCUUUAAGUUAGGGGCGGACCAUUAGAAAAGUGAUGGGGGGAGAGACAAAAAUAAAAUUCGAGCAGGGAAAAUAGAAAGAAAAAAAAAUUCGUGCACCAAAAAUGUCUGAAAAAAAAUUCGUGCAGAGACUUUUUAAUAGGGAAAAUUACAGGGCCUAUCGGAGGUACAGUGUAAGGAUGUCCCCCAAAUUUGGAAAAUAAGCGUUCUAAAUCGUGUUUUAAGAAGUUUUUUCGGGGAAAAUGUGUUUUAUACCUUAAUUAAAAUGAUGUUAGUCCGAAAAAAAUAUUUUUGACCCUAUUUUUCUUUGUCCUGAAAAAAUUGUUGAGUGCGGAAAAAUAUCCCCCCCCCCCCGCUCGCCAGCAAUUUUUGGGAAAAAAUAAAAUUCGAGCAAGGGAUUAUUAAAAAAAAAUAACCGACACACCAAAAAAUUUUGAAAAAAAAAUCGUGCACGUUGAAAAUGGACCACCCCCCCCAUCAUUUUUCUAAUGGUCCGCCCCUUAUUGUUUUACAAAUAUUACAAACUUAGCGCAUGCCUAAAUUUAGACUUUCACAAAUGUUUAUGUAUAAUUAUCAUUUGAAAUCGAAAAAACAAAGUAGCAAUGAAUCUCAGUUAAAAUUUCAAACUGCAUUUGAAUACCAUUAGGCUACUAGGCAAAAGAUAAACUUUGCAUACAAAUAAAUUGAAUUUAAGCGUAUUGUCUAUUGAUUAAUAUCCAGUAAUGUCAACGCAUAUAUGGCACAUGCUAGUCCCACGUCUAAAUAUAAAUAUCAAAACAAUUAAUAAGCUUACCAAGUCGCCCUGACAUAGUCUCAAAAAUCAUAAACAAGCAUCAGAGAUAGCACACUAUAUACACGCCUUUCAUUGAGAAUUCGUCAAAACAUUUCAAGCUUGAUUAAAGUCUUUACAGACUUUACAUUCCAGCAUGCAACAUAUACAAUGCACGUGGAAAAGAGGAAGUCAGGAUUCCGGAUGUUUCCGGUUAAUUCAAUCCAAUUUUUGAAGCCUUAUCCAAUUCAGCAUUUAAGCAUAUUAUACUGAAAUAGUUCAACAUGGGAAAUGAGUUAACCAGUCUUUUUUCUAGGCAAGGAUUAAAAUAAGGUUAUUCCGCCCCCCGCCGGUCAAAUAAAUCCAAAAUGUUUCAUACCUUGUUUAGCAACACAUGUAUAACUUCCGCAAGCAAUGGAAACAUUAUUUCUAAACUAAUUUAUAUUUAAUGAAGGUUGUGGUAAUAACAUAUCACAAAUUUCAGUUCAUUAAAUAAUAAAAUUCAGUUCAUUAAUUAUAUGCAGAAAUACCAAAAUUUCACACACACCCCUGCGGCUAAACGCACCCGAUUCCCCCCGUUUACCAUCACGUUUCGAAACACCCAGGUAUGUGCCUACUUGAAAAUACCCAUCCCGAUUUUUCCGGCUUCAGGUGGUAGUAAAGUCCACCACAGCCCGGUCUAAGACAAAAGUAACUUUUCAGUUGUAUGAAUAUCUGAAAUAUAUUCAUGUUCAUGCCUCGUUCUUUAAAAAUAUAUCUUAUUCAACGUAUAAUAGCGCGCUAUUUAUAAUUGUAAUUAUAAAUGCACGAUGAAUAUAUUAAUUAAAUCACGCAAAAUAUUAUACAGUGUAAUCUUCCAAAUAUAUAUGUUCAUUCCUCGUUUUUCAAGACAAAUGUAACUGUUUAGGUGCAUGAAUAUCUGAAAUAUGCAUGUUCAUUCAGUACUAAUUUAACGCUCAGUAUAGGGACUCGCGCGCCGGAAUUAUACUAAAUCACGCAAAAUAUUACACCGUCAUUGUCAUUAAUUAUAGCCUAAUAAUCGAUUAUGAAUCUUCUCAAUCUUCAUCUCAAUUCUAAAAUAUAUAUGUUCAUUCCUAGUUCCUCAACACUCAAUAAAUAACUAUUCAGUUGUAUGAAAAUAUUAAAUAUAUACAUGUUCAUUCGUAUACUGAUAUGCACGACUCAGUAUACGACUCGUCGGAAUUAUAUUAAAUCACGCAAAACGCACUGGGGGAUACGAGGUACGAGAGUUAUUUUAAAAUGUGUGUGUGUGUGUUCAUUAGUUUAUACAUUAUAGUUAUACUAAAAGCAUUGCGGCUUCAAGAAUAAACAAGAUGACAAACAAUAUACUGUAGGUAUUUAUACAGCAACAGUUUCUUCCUAAUUGCAAAUUCAAUUGUCUUACACCUACACCAAUGAAAGCAUUUAUAUUAAUUAUAACUUCCUCUCACAACUUUAUUCUCUGUCUAUUAUUUUUUCGCAGUAAGCAGUCACAUUGACAUGCAUCGUUCAUGCAAAUUAAUGCUAGCAUUUUCCUCAGUUGCGAUUUCAUCCAUAAUCAGCUUAUUAUAUCUACGUAUCCACAUAUCUAUAUUUUCAUUUUAUCAUUUCGUUUCAAACUAAAUCUUUAUAUUUCCAAUUUAAAUGUAUCUUUGCAUAAUAGUGCUAUUUUUCCAAUACUUUAUCAGUUAGGUGACAGGUGCUUGGUUCGUCGUCAAUUUGUAUCUAAUUUCCAUGCCGUUUUGUGCUCCUAAAACCAACUCAACAGCCUAUUUUCUGCAAUCACAAUCUUCCUGUUUUCGCGUCGGCAACAUAUAUACAAGUAGAAACAAGGUCUUCGACGUUCUUGCAAGUUUAAUAACGAUCGAAGUUUGAGGGUUCACCAUUUGACCUGCGUAGGACUCAAGUCAUCCGCCACUCGUGAAACAUUAGAGAGUUUGAGCAAGAUAACGAAGUCGGACGACGACGACGUGGUUGACAAUUUUUGCCUGUCUUGCGCAUUACCUUGCGCAUUCUGAGUUUAGGGUCAGGAGUGAAGACAUAUUAGAGAUUCAUGUCUAGCUGUUUAUGAAUGCUGACCCAAAUCCUUACCCUGAUCAGGAUAAAACAGCGAGACAUGAAUCCAUAUCCCGUCUUCGUUCUUCUGCCUUCGUUCACAACGAAUAUUUUGGCAAAAUUCGUCGUGAACUUCGUUCUGCACGAAGGCAGAGGGACAAAGGCGGGAUAUAGUUUUAUGUCUCGCUGUUUUUUUCUGGAUCAGGGCAAGAAUUAUGGUCAGUAUUCAUAAACAGCGACACAUGGGCAACCACCAGUGACGUCCAACUCAGUAUGCGCAAGAUAAUGUGCAGACGGCAAAAAUUGUCAAGUAUGCCUUCGCCUUCGUACUUCGUUGUCCUGCUCAAACUCUCUAUUCGUCACGAGUGGACACGGAUCGUAAAAGUUCACGAAUUUAACGAGUCGUACGAAUUUCGUGAUGGUUUACUAUUUGACCAGGCACCACUCGUAAAACGUUUGUCACGAGUGGACGCGGGUCGUAAAAUUUCACGAAUUUAACGAGACGUACGAAUUUCGUGAGGGUUUACCAUUUGACCAGGCACCACUCUUAAACGUUCGUCACGAGUGGACGCGGGUCGUAAAAUUUCACGAAUUUAACGAGUCGUAUGAAUUUCGUGAGGGUUGACCAUUUGACCAGGCACCACUCGUAAAACGUUCGUCACGAGUGGACGCGGGUCGUAAAAUUUCACGAAUUUAACGAGUCGUACGAAUUUCCUCAGGUUUUACCAUUUGACCAGGUGCAUAGGACUUAAGUUAUCCACCACUGGUACAUUCGUUGUGAGUUCACACGGGGCGUAAAAUUUCACGAAUUUAACAUGUCGUACGCAUUUCGUGAGGUUUAGGUUUCACAAUUCGUAUGGAUGUUGGACUUAUACAGGCACUUCUUAAUUUUAUUUCGUUAUAAUUGGAUGAUAUGUAACUUAAAUUAUUAAUAGUAAUAUACAAAUAAGAAGCACGUCUCGUCAAUCACAACUUACGAAUUUCACGAGUCGUUAAGUGCGACAGUAUUGGGCAACCAUCUUGGUCACGUGCCAAAAAUCUCCUCUAAAAGCAAAAAUUUGCAUUAAAAACACAUGAAACAUUUAAAGAAGCGUUAACGUUUCUACAUUGAAGAUGCCAAUAAUAAAACAAUACUAGCUGCAAUUACGAAUACUUAUCCCCGAGCCGACGGCGCGAAGCGCCGUCCAAAUGUACUAAUUCCCCCCGGCAAUUUACACCCGGGGAAACGAAAGCAUUAGCGAAGUCUAAAGUUCAUCAAUGAUCGCGGGCGUGGCUCACCAACGAUGUUUCGGUGGGUGGUCAUCCUCACUGAUCUCAAAAAUAUGGCGGACUCUCAUGAAUAGCGGACACUGAUUGGUCCAAUUUAAAGUUUGCAUUAUAACGACUGUAUGACGACAGCGAAAUAGCAAACAUUUCUUGAUUUGAUGAUUGAUAAAUUUCUUGCAAAUAUAUUUCACGUUUUCUCGCAUUUUUGCAAGAUUUUGUAAAUUUCAAAAGCUUUCUCCGAAAGAAAGGGCGAAAGAAUCGGCUAAAGGAAGGAAGCCGACGUUAAGGAAGGUAAAUUUGUUUUAAAUCUUCAUUUUAUAAUUGCUUUGAAACCCGAUGGCCUUUGCGUAUAUGAAACAACCAAACAAGACAGCAUAUAAUUUCAGUGUAUCUUUAAUACUGAUUCCCUUUUUUAUUUUAUUGAUUUUUUGCAUGCGAGAAUUUGAAAUAAUUUUAUUGCAAACUCAAAGUUUAUCGAUAAAGCCAUUUAAUUAUUAAAGUUUAGUUUUAUAUUAAAGAACACUUUAAAACGUUUUGAAGCGUUUGAGGUUGAAUUUUACCUUAAAUUGAAGCUUAUAUUACGUAUAAUAACAUACAUAACAUACAUAUGUUGGGAAAUUGAUAAUUUUGUAAUUAAAAGUGAUAUUUUUAGGCGAUUUUUCAUUUGUAAAAAUAUUCUUAAAAAAUUAUCGUGUUACCAUGACAACUACUUUAGAUACUUCAUGUUCGGAAAUGCAAUGGUUUUGUCAGCCAGGCGAUCCAGUAUCUACUCUGUGGCGAGGGUUUCUGCAUGCAUGUAUUUUCUAGUAUAUAGUUAUAUUACAGGUAAAAUUACAUAAUGUGCAUCACGCGCAUUUAUUCGAUAGGGCGCCGAUUCCUUCAACGAACAUCAGAGGUAUUCAUUUAAAUGUAAUAGUGUAUAUUAAAUUUCAAGGAUAUUAAAUUUUUCAUGUUAUUAAAGAUUAUCAUAUAUAAUAUUUACAUGGUAUUUUCGAAUUUUACUGACUUCGAACUUUUCGUCAAAGUGCAUGUACGAGAUUUUUGGAGUCUUUUGCCUUUGUAAUGCUCCUUCAUAAACUUGCACACAAACGGCUUUUCCCAUUGCAUCAAAUAAGGACGAGUUGAAUUUUUCAAACCAAAGGAGUUCCUCAAUUAUCCAGAAUAAGGUUGGGGAAAUAAUUGAAGAGAAGUUCACUAAAAUGAUAUGAGUAAAAACUCAUAUGAUUUAUGUUUUUAGAGUAGAAGUGGCCAGCCUGGUGCUAAUGGUGUUGAAGGACCUAGAGGACCUAAGGGUAAACAAGGUCCAAUGGGAGAUCCUGGUCAACCAGGUACAAAUGGAAGCCCGGGUGAGACUGGUGAACCUGGAAGGAAGGGUACCCCUGGAAUCCGUGGAGCUCAAGGUCCACCAGGUCCUCCUGGACCCAAAGGAGACAAGGUACUCUUAUAAUACAUGCGUUGCAGGAUAGAAAUACCGUAUGCUUCAUUUUUCAUGGUAAAAUUUUGAAUUUACAUAUUACAAAUAAUGAAUGUCUAGGAGAAGAUGUAGUACAUGCUGUAGGAGUAUUUUCAUGAGGUCGAAGAUGAAACCAUUUUAUUCGACAAGCGACAUCCGAAUUGAAUGGAACGUUCUACCUUUCAACAAAUGAGAAAAUUGCUACUACUGUAUGAAUAAAAACAUUCAUGAUUUGGUUUACAUAAAAAAUCAUUGUUAUUGAAUGAUUUAUCACAAAUAUUAAAAUGAAUACUAUAAUCAUUAUAAAAUUAAUACUAUUCUCAAAACAGUCUAACAAGCAAGGCAGUAAUUAUGAAAUCUGCAGAAUCAUGCAAUGGAACAAAAACGUACAAUUCUACAAAGGCCCACGGCUGGGAUGCGCGAUAGAACGUUCUAAUGCCUGGCGAACAGUUAUUCUAUAUCAGCCAUUAUAAUAGACCUCUCCCCUUAUGAGUGAAUGUAGAGUGAGUAUGAUUUUGAUAUAGAUAUGCCUGGACAAAAAUUUCAGCACAGCUUGAAAGAGCAUCACAAAAUUAGUAAUAUUCCAAAGUUUCGUUGCGAAAUGCUGUAAAGUGCGGAUCAUAUAGCCUUGCGAAGUUUGCCGUUUUCCAGUCAUUUUGCAUUACAAACGGGAAAUUGAUAAUCAGAUGAUCAAACUGAUUAUCAAUUUCCCAUUUGUAAUACAAAAUGACGGAAAAACGGCAAACUUCGCAAGGCUAUUUUAUCCUCAUUUUACAACAUUUCGCAACGAAACUUCGGAAUACUACUAAUUUUGCGAUGCUCUUUACAGCUGUGAUAAAUUUUUUGUCCAGACUUGUUUAGAUCAAAAUUUCACUCAAAAGGGGGAAAAGUCAAUAUUGACCACAAUUUGACAAGGUAUUAUGGUAAUUAUGGACGUGCUGAACAAGAGAUUCUAAUAAGACGGCACAUGGGUUUUGUAUUCAAUAUUAUCAUUUGUUUACGGAUUUCAAAUUUAUGCUGAUUUGUGAAACUAUAAAUGCAGUUUAUAUACGUUACACACGAUGAGUUUAUAGCCUACAAUUCUUGUUGCUGGCGCAAUUUGCAAAUUCUACAGGGUGUAUCAAAAUAAACGCAAUUCAUCUUUUGUGCUUAAUAACUUUCGAAAUACUAUUUCUAGUUAAACGCUUUUGGGCUUACUUCAAAGCCUGUUCUUUUCUCUUUCAAACAAACUAUUAUCCUUGUCUCCAAUGCUAGUAAUAAUUGCACAGGAAAAGAUUUAGUAAAACCUAUCAUUUUUAGUUGCUGUUUAAUUAUGCAAGUUUACUAUGUUAUUGUUUAGUCGGUUUAAAUGUUAGAAUUUUCUUCUUUAAACUUUAAUGUUGUGGUCACUACAUCUGGAAAACCACGUAAGAACAAAUUAAAAGUAUUUUAAAAGAGACCAGGUUGUUUGCAAAUCCUAAACGAAUGCUAAAAAUCGUCAAAACAUUCUGAUGUCUGAGCCAGAGUGUCAUCGAAUUGCGAUGUAAUGUAAACAGAAAUUAUAGCAAGUUGAUGUCAGUCAGCUUAGAUGGUCCAAGCCAAAAUUAUAUCGCAUUUGGAGUUUCAAACUGAGUUAAAAAUAGUGGAAGAAAAGCCGUAAUUAUACUUAUUGUUACAAUCCAUUUAAUAAAAUGCAACAUUUGUUUGUUUUAAUGAAAAAAUGUAAUUAUUUUCAUGAGAACGAUUUGUUAUUCCAUCUCAAUUUUUUUAAUCUCCAAUCGCAAUAACGUAAAGUAUUAUUACCCGCGAACCAAUGAGUCAAAUUUAAGAAACAACCCACUGUUAGAAAGCUGAAUGGCUACGCUUUAAAAUGAAUGUAAACUUUAACGUUUUCGUCUAUUAUUUGUUUAGCAAUUUACAUUUCAGUCGAGGAUUGCGCUUUUUUUGAUACAUGUACACCCUGUACAAAAUUGGCCGAAAGGAAAUGUCAAGCUUAACAUUCCUGUUACAGCGUCGAUUGCUAUUUUAAAACUACAUGCAACAUCACUAUUUAUAUACAAUAGGCUAUAUGUGUAAGGAUAAUAAUUCUCACCAGUACCUUGUUGAAAUGAAGAUAGGUAGCCAUGUUACUAAUUGGUGCUGUUUUUGGAAAUUGUAGGGACCAGCCGGUAAACGUGGAGAGCGAGGUUUGAAGGGACCUACCGGCAGUCAAGUAAGUGUUUUAUUGCAUGCUACUGCAUGUAAUUGUGAUCUAUUCCAGAAGAGUGUUAGAGGAUUUUUUAUUCAUUAAUUUGUGAUGCAUUACUGUGAAACCAUAGCGUGCAAUUGAACAGAAAUUGUUAAAUCGCCUAUUUCUAAAAAAAACAAAUGACGUAUAAUUGUAUAGAACUUGGUAUGAACCUGCAUGCCGGUUUGAUAGGAGCCUUCUAUAGGUAGUGGCUUAGCGACAUUUUUACACCCUUUUUGGUGUUCUUUGAUGUAAUAUUUGUUCUUUUUGUAAAGGGUUUGCCUGGUAAGCCUGGUGAUCCUAGUGCUAGGGGGCGAAAG